AUGGGCUUUACGGGGGCGUGUGUCGCCCUUAAUCCCGAGCGUUGUCGCGUGCUGCGGAGUGGAGACUUGCACGUUAUCCGAGGCAAAACGGCUUACUGCGACGAGUUCAACUGCCUAGUUCGGGGCGCUGCGAAGGAUGCAGCCGCGUACGGGGAUAUGUUCAAAACUGCAAACGGCUGUCUCGUGGACGUGAUGGCUGUCUUCGAGUGGGGCGAAUAUGUCGCUAUGGCGUUUUGA